CGCUCAAAAUAAAAAAAAGAUCGAUAUUAUUGGAAAUAAUUACAAGAUUGUGCUUGCUGCACAUGCGUUAUAUCACCAUGCAUUGUAUUGCCACAUGCUGUAUUAUCAUGCAAUUAAAUUACCACGCACUUAAAUUACACGCAAUUGUAUCACAAUACGUUGUAUAUGACCUACACAAUAUUUAAUACCUGAAUAUGUCAAAAAUUAAUUUUUAUGAAUUUCAGAUUCAGUUCAUUUUGAAAAUUCUGUCGAAAGCACGUGUCGAUCGUCUCGUGUUAACAGAGUGCUGAUUGCAUAUUAUUGAUUAAGAAAUCUCAAAAAAUAAAUAAUAAUUCACUCAACAAAGAACGGAUAGGGGAACCCUGGAGAAAAAAGAGAUGUUGGUUAUCAAACAUGAGAGACGCGCAGCCGGUGAUUCCCGAAUACGAUGCUUGCAUCCUUGAACUUUCUCGCGUACGUUCGCGCUUUGUGCAUUUCAUAUAAAUACGAUGCAGUUAAGUGCAACAGGCAUCAGUUUUCUCUAAUCCACCAAACUGUCCACAGCUUGACUGGUACGAAUAUUUAUUACCGGUGUGCAGGAGACACAUCAUGAAGACUAUUUUGGUCUUGACCAUUCUGGGUGUUGCUUUUGCAACAACAGUACUUGGCGAAGAAGCGCUGGAAUUAUCGCAACAGCGUGUUGCUCGUGAAGCCAAACCGGAACCGGAGCCUGAACCCGCGAGUAGACCAGUAUAUGUUCCUCCGCCACGUCCUCCACACCCUCGUCUGAGACGUGAGGCUGAUCCGGAACCCGAACCUGAACCCGCGAACAGACCAGUAUACGUUCCUCCGCCACGUCCUCCACACCCUCGUCUGAGACGUGAGGCUGAUCCGGAACCCGAACCUGAACCCGCGAACAGACCAGUAUACGUUCCUCCGCCACGUCCUCCACACCCUCGUCUGAGGCGUGAGGCUGAUCCGGAACCCGAACCCGAACCCGCGAACAGACCAGUAUACGUUCCUCCGCCACGUCCUCCACACCCUCGUCUGAGACGUGAGGCUGAUCCGGAACCCGAACCUGAACCCGCGAACAGACCAGUAUACGUUCCUCCACCACGUCCACCACACCCUCGUCUGAGGCGUGAGGCAGAACCUGAAGCAGACCCAGGUCGUGGCUCAAGACCUCGUCCAGUGAACCCUCGUCCAGUGAAACCUCGUCCAGUGAAACCUCGUCCAGUGAACCCCAAACCAAGACCACACCCUCGUCUGAGGCGUGAGGCAGAACCUGAAGCAGACCCAGGUCGUGGCUCAAGACCUCGUCCAGUGAAACCUCGUCCAGCGAACCCCAAACCAAGACCACACCCUCGUCUGAGGCGUGAGGCAGAAGCUGAGGCAGAUCCAGGCCGUGGUUCAUUUCCUCGUCCGGUACAACCUCCCAAACCCCGCCCAGUGAACCCCAUGCCUCGACCACCACAUCCACGUUUGAGGCGCGAAGCAGAAAUCGAAGAAGUUGAAGUUUGAAUCCAACUAUUAGUUCUACCCACCCUUACUCGUACAACCGAUGAAGACGAUCAAUGUCUGAGAGAAGAAUAUUUAAAGCCCCAAUUGAAAUUAUAAAUUAAUUUAAUUGAAUACUCUUUAAUUGUAACUAUUGCUCUGAUAAAGUAAUUAUAUUCACUGAUGUAAUUUCCGAAUAAAAUUGAUAUUCCUGUUA